GACCAGAAAACAAUGUCGUCGUCGUCAUCAUCGUCAUCGUCUAAUUUAGAAGCACCUCCAUUAAUGAGAAAAUUUCUAAUUGGACAAUUAUUUCACAAUACUACUAAUCAAUUACCAAUUUAUAAUGCAAUUCGACAAGUUUGGGAAAUGAAUAUCGUGGAUAAUAACAAUAAUAAUGAUGAUAAAACUAAUAAAUCAAAAAAAUUAUUAUCAUGGUGUAUGCUAUGGUUACAAGGUAGAAUAACUAACAUUUAUCAAUCAACUAAUAAUAAUAAUAAUAAUACUCAUAAUUUCAUAUUAGAUGAUGGUACAGGGAAAUUAUUAAUUAUUUAUGAAUUAGACAAAAAUCAACCAGUAAAUUAUCAAGUAACUGUUGGUGAUUAUGUUGCUGUGGUUGGUAAAUUAAUUCAACCUAAGCAUAACAAUAAUGAUAAUGAUAAGGAUGAUAAUCAUCAUCAUAAUACAAAUGAAUUAUUGAAUGGUUGGCAUAUUCUAGCUAAAAGUGUAACACAUUUAAAUGAUCAAACUAAGUCAAUCUCAUCAUCAACCUCAUCGUCCACAUCAUCCACAUCUUCUCCGUUAUCAUCAAGGAAGACGAUGUCGAAUUCAGCAUUUUAUGAAUUAUCUUGGCCUUUAGAAGUUAUCGAUAUGACGUAUUCUGUGUAAUUCGCAUAACUAAAGCAAAAUCUGAACAUGUUUGUAAAUAGAAUUUGAUGAUGAUGUAUAAAAUAAAA